AUGACAAUACCGAACACACAACGACUUUGCCAGCACGUCCAGAUUGCCAACCAUUCAACCCAGCCAGGAUGGGACCAAGUGGAGGGCGAGGUGCAGGACCAAGUGGAGGGCGAGGUGCAGGACCAAGUGGAGGGCGAUGUGCAGGACCAAGUGGAGGGCGAGGUGCAGGACCAAGUGGAGGGCGAUGUGCAGGACCAAGUGGAGGGCGAGGUGCAGGACCAAGUGGAGGGCGAUGUGCAGGACCAAGUGGAGGGCGAGGUGCAGGACCAAGUGGAGGGCGAGGUGCAGGACCAAGUGGAGGGCGAGGUGCAGGACCAAGUGGAGGGCGAGGUGCAGGACCAAGUGGAGGGCGAGGUGCAGGACCAAGUGGAGGGCGAGGUACAGGACCAAGUGGAGGGCGAGGUGCAGGACCAAGUGGAGGGCGAGGUGCAGGACCAAGUGGAGGGCGAGGUGCAGGACCAAGUGGAGGGCGAGGUGCAGGACCAAGUGGAGGGCGAGGUGCAGGACCAAGUGGAGGGCGAGGUGCAGGACCAAGUGGAGGGUGAGGUUCAGGACUAA